AUGAUGAGGUCCUCGUCGCCCGUCAGACGGCCGUCGUCUCCUCUACGGAGACCUUUGUCACCCGCCGAACGAAAGGGUCGUUCGUCGUUGAGAUACCCACCGCACAAUCAACAGAAUGGAACCAACAAAGCGAGUCCCUCCUUUCUUAGCUGCUUUAUCGGGGAAUCUCAAUCUACCAAGCGAUCGGUCAUGCAAACACAUUUGCUGGGGAUGAACUGUUACUGUCUCAAGGCCAACUGUUCAGGGAUUGUCCACGUGGUCGAAAUGGAUCGAGUCUUGACGUCUCCGUGCUUUGAUUUUCCCAUUUAUUCCUUGGAGACUAGACGGAUUGUCAAGUGCAACAAGUGCUUUUAUGUCAGUAGUCUUCAAGCACACAGACUCAACUCGAUUGGCAAGGGCAAACUUCCCGUCGUCAAGCUGGCACGGGCCGCGGCCGCUAACGCCAACGACGAAAGCAAGUCGGCAACCUGCGAUUCGACCAAGGCUACCCGUGGAGGGGUGGGAUAUGUGAAUAAAACUAGUACAGUCGACCAUCGAAAACGAGCAGACGACAAACAAAGCACCUCGAGUUCGUCGAUCUAUUCCAAAACCAGUACCGGCAAUCCAAGAGGGGCCAGCAUCACCAGCAGCAGUCGCAUCAGUAGCACUGGUGACAACCCAAACACAAACACAUCAUACUCGGACAACAAGAAACAUGUGAGCAUCGUAGACGGCCACAAAGUGAUUCAUCACCAGGGAGGCGGGUCCAAAGGGAACGACGUUUACCAAAUCGUUGGAGUAAACGAUCACGCACGCGACAACUCUUUUCCGCCACUCGAUAAUAAUGAGAAGGAUGAACCCUACCCCAAGCCUACAGACGAGGACAGUGCUGAAGCUGCGGCUCAUAUUGCUCAAUUGAUCGAAGCCAUCAAGGCAACCGGAGCAGAAGAUGAAGCCUUGCAAAUAGCGUCGCUUAUUCGGAAAAUUCAAGCACAAGGCGAUUGGUUCGGUGGCGGCAAAACUAGUAGUCCCAGAGAGCCCGAUGGAGGUCGUGCUUCCCAGGCGCGAGAGAGCCGAGAUCUAUCCUAUGACCAGCUAGUAGGGGGUAGAGAGAUGCUGGCUGUAGAUGAUGAUCGAGUGGAACCACCAGAGUGGCUCUUUGUCAAAUCCAAGGACGAAGGAGACGUGAGCACGGACAUAUCGGGGCUUCAUAGUACCCUGAAGAUCCAAAAUGACCCCCCGAUUCAGUCAAGCACUACUACUAGUAGGCGUUCCGGUGAAAUAAGGAGAAUUCCAAUUGCCAGAGUGGCCAGCCCACACAGAGGGCUUGACCCACCAAACCCCGCCUCGGAAGCUUCUGGAUCGGAAGCCUCGGGAAUAUCAGAGGUGAGAGCGACUAUCAGCCGCAAGUCCAAGAGGAGUGGACACUCACGCGUUACGCCGCAUGAGGCCAGCCCCGUGUCAAGGAGGAGCGGACAGUCCCGUGUUGUGCCGAUAGAUGCUAGUCCCAUGUCAAGGAGUGGGCAAACUCGGUUUUCCGCUUCACAAGUCAGCCGCAAGACAAAGUCCAGCAGUCCAGCUCGAGGAGGUUUUUCUUCCUCUCGUGCUUUGAGCCAAAAGUCAAGGAGUGGAGAAUCUUCCGAUUCUCAAGUUUCUCAUGCUCAGCCCAACAGAUCGGUUUCUUCGUCAUCAAAGCUGGGGGGCAGCAUUAGCCGUGAAGCAUCCCACGGUCAUCCGAACAGAUCCGAAUCUUCGUCAUCACGGCGCAGAGGGGAGAAGAGCCUUGCAUCUCAAGAGCUUGCCGGACCAUCAGAUCUCAUUCAGUAUAUUGCGAGAGCUAAGAAUGCAGAAACAAAGACACGAGAUCCACCGCAGAGAAACCGUAUGAGCGCACCAGCUGACAAUGAACCGAAUGCCACGAGAAACACUACCGGUAGUGGCAUCGGUAGUUCUGAUCCACCUGUCUAUGCUGCACAACGAGUUUCCAGAGCUCAACAAGAGCCUGGUGGUACCAAGGCUAAAUACAAAGAUCCGAAGGGGCGACGACGGAGAUCUACACCGUCUCGAUCGUCCAACCUGACAAAUCCAAACAGGAAGCAUAUCAAGGAAGCAGGACAUGACGUUCACAGGGAUCCUGAGGAAGCUCACCAACCGGAGCAUUAUCAUGUCACUUGCGUAGUUGAAGACAGUCGCGACGAUGCACCUGCGGGCCGCGCACCAGAACUAUAUUCUGCUCGGGGCAGAGUGGAAGCUGACCAACAGGAACAUGUAUACCAUGGCCAUCCGCCACAAAUUGUAGAACAGGACAACGGCGGAGUCGACCAGGUGUACCCAGGGCAUAGUCAUGGACACGGAACACUUGAUGUUGGCCGCAAUCAUACUCAAGUGCACUACCAGCAACUUUCGCCGACUAUACGGGUAGCUGGGAAUGAAGCUGCGCUUGUCCGCAAACCAGAGCCUAGUCCAGCAAACGCUGCUGGUGUUGGAGAUGGCCACGACAGUACCACUAUCCGCCAAACAGGGCAUUAUAAAGCUCAACCUGCUCAACAUCCAUCACAAGGAUACCCGCGUGCUGGGCAAAAUUCCGAGGUUCGCGAUGGCGAUGGUGGAUUGCAGGCCUGCUUAUCAGACUAUGACCCACGUUCGACGACGACUGUAUUAUCUCCAGGCAUGCUGCGCGCGGACGAGAUUGACCAAGGAUUGAUGCGUGUUGCUGACGAAGUUGAUCGAAGCAUGAGGCGAGUGUCCGACGAGAUUGAUCGAUCGUCUCGGGCAGCUUCUGCCGAGGGCAUUCAACGCAUGGUUGAUGAACUGGAUCCGUACGAAGCAGCAUACCCGGUAACCCCAGAUACAGGACGACUUCGUCCGGUGUUGCCGUCGCCUCGUUCUAUCCCAGCAAUGUCAACCCCUAUUCCUCUCAGGGCCAGAAACCAUGAGAGGGAGAGGAGCCGAAGCCGAAGUCGCCAGAGAAAUAAUGCAAGUCCACACGUGGCCAUCGACUAUCGCAGAGAGCGCAGUCAAAGUCGCGAAAGAAGUCAAGGUCCAUACAUCCCCUCAAACUAUCAAACGGAAAGGAGUCGAAGCCGCCAGCGAAGUCCUCAUGUGGACACGUACAAUCAAAGGGAGAGGAGCCACAGCCGCCAGAGAAGUCUGCACGUGGCCACAAAUGGUCAAAGGGAGCGACCUCAUAGUCGCCAGAGCAGCAGAGGUCGCUCAGAAGUCCCAUCCGACAUUGCAAUGGCACAUGGCGCGAAUGAUCUUUUCUCCUUGCCUGCUGUUCAAGCUCCCGAUAAACACCUAGCCACGGCAGAUCUCCCCAAGCACGAAGAGGUGGACAAGUCUGUUGAUGACAUUAUCAAAGAAACGGUGACUGUGAUGCGAUCGUCGAUCCCCCGCUCGGCAACGGCCAUUGCACCUGUCAUGCCUGAGCUACCGAGAAAGAAGAAGAUACGAAGGCGCAAGGCCGAGAAACGAGUCCCCGAGGUACCAUUAGUUACUAUCAAGCGAGAGAUGUAUCCCAAUGCCUACUUUCAGGAUAUCACUGUUCCUCGCGAUGAAUGA